AUGAGGCUUGUGGUGUACAUCUACGCAGCGUGCUUCACUUUGAUUAACAGCACAUUAGGUAUCAAUUUAGAUAAUCGAAUAAAAAAUACACGUUUCGUAAAUGCUCACUAUUAUUUUUUCUAGCUUUAAGUUGUAAUGCCAACAAUAUAAUCUUUACAAAUAGUGUUUCUUAGAGACGACAUUUUGGCAACGGUACGGAGAAAUACCCUACUUUACUGUCGGUAGACUGUGGAUCGUUUCAUACGUUAUUGACGAUAGGGAUAGUUUUACUGGUGGGCAGCGCACUGGAGAGUAAGCUGACGACAAGCAGGAAAACAUAGAAAUUGCUCAGAUUUCUCCUAAAAGACUCAUCGUACGCUUUCGUACGGCAGCGGAAAUGAACGCGGUAAUAAAAGAUAAACAAAGAGUAAAUAAAGCAGUUUAAGGGAUGGUUUGAAGUCAUGGGAAGUGAUUGUUAUUGGUAGUGUAAUGCCUGCAAAGGCCUGCGAAAGAAUUCCAAGAUAUGACGUGAUCCUAUGACGUGAUCCACAGUCUGUCGUCAGUUAAGUGGGGUCCUUCUCUUAUAAUGUUGCCGACGCGUUUUGAAAUUUACACCAGUCCAUUAUUAUGUAAUUUUUGCUUUGUUACAAUGGCUUCACUUCAUUGAAUGACCAUCCAUAAAUAUCAUCCCACACUAGCUAAAGAAGAACGUCUGAUCAACGGACUGCCUGAGAAUUGCGGAAAUCGCCCGGAACUACGCGAGCCAUCGACAUAUCCUCUACGUCAAAAGAUAGAAGCUGUAAAAAAUAGUUGGCCUUGGCAAGUAAGUCGACAGAUAUGACAGGUUGCACUUGUAUGUUGUCUAGUGUGCGCACAACUUUUUGUUAAUUAUCCAACGUUUGAUGAAAAGCACAGAUCUUCCUGCGCAGAAAUCAACACGAUUAAUAUGGGCAGAUUGCAAAACCACGAUAUCUGCCCGUUGCCGUAAUGAUUAAAUUUUUGGGAAUCACUUGGCAGUCUGCACUGACCCCCGCCACGGGAAACCGUCAUAAUCUAUUCAAUACAUAUGGAAUGUGCGAUCAACUGACGAUUUUAAAAUCUGAAGACGAUUACUAAAGCUAAUUUCGUUUUUUUUUAUUCUCAAUAGGUUGGUGUGUACGCUUCAACGAUUGGGCCCUAUCCAUUUUGCGGAGGGACACUCAUUUCGCCAACAUGGGUAUUGACGGCCGCUCACUGUAUCACUGGGGCUCUUCGAUGUAAAGAAAUUCCACUUUGUCGACCCUUUUCGUUCGAUGAGUUCGUCGAGGAUGAAAUGGUCGUUCGCAUAGGAGACCACAAUCGCACACGGCGUGGACGUCCAGCAUUCAACCUUCGAGUAAAGCACAUCAUCAUGCAUCCGCAAUACGAACUUGGAGAUGUUAGGGAAGGCUAUGACUUUGCUUUACUGAAGCUGAAGCAUGAGGUCAAACGAUGUAUGUCCGGCCAUAAAGUUUGAGUUUUGUUGCAGCAGCGCCAGUUUUAUGUCGUGCAGACUAACUUGAUUUAAACAAAGUGUGUGCUCUCACUCAGAAGGGCUACUUUUUGACACUAACAGCUACGAAUUAAGGGUAUCUCCAGAACGAAUGGCUUAAUCUGCCAUAUACAAUUGAUUUCGGAAACUUUAAAAAGAACUGUGUUAGUUUUGGCGGCUGCAUUUAUAUUAAAUUGCACUUUACCCUGAUCGUCAUUACUGUAAGCAUGUAAAUCAACAUAACUUGGAGACAUGAUUGUACAGCCAUCGUGGGACGACUGCGAGAGUUGCUAAUUAUGCUUUAUAAAUGCUGACAUGGUGCCUGCAUCCUACACACGCAAUACCCUAGUCUGUGAUCAGUGGUGUGGGAGAGAAUCGGAAGGCACAUCUCCUUAUUCUGGAAGGGUCAUUAAACGGCUGAGCUGUCUUGAGCAUUUCAUACUAUAGGGCUUUUCUUUUUUAAAGGACCUCAUGCAUGUGGCAUCAAAACUGGCAAUGCAACUUUUUUAUCGCCAUAGCAAAGGUGGCGGAAUUCGCAUGUCUUGCGGAAUCCGGAUUGAAAAUCGGGGUUGGAAAGUUCUGCUACUUUGCCGGAUGGGGACUGAUUCCAAACCCACCCAACCUACCGAAUCCUAACCAGCCGGAAGUGUUGAUGGAAGUACGAGGGCAAAUAGCAAAAAUGUCUGACUGCCAGAAAAGACAUCGGCUGGCUAAAAAAAGAAAGCAUGUUUGCAUUGACGGCAAAUAUGGGGUAAGAUUCACUUUUACAGGGCACAUAGAUUAAGUGUAUUAAACCUAAUAAUUUGCUUUUCGUGUCAUCCAGGCUGCCUGUACGGGCGACAGCGGAGGAGGACUGCACUGUUUAACAGAAGGUGGCAAGUGGGUUGUCUACGGCGUAGCUUCCUACACCGGCAAGAACUGCUCCGGGGAAUUCACAGUGUUUGCACUGACUCCACCGUGCUCGGCUGGAUCCAACGGAAUGUUGUCGCACAUAAUUAAUUAA